UAGCCAACUUGACGUUAGGAGGAAGGAAGUUUGAAGGGAGGGUGAAGCAACACACACCAGGAAGUUAAACAAAGAGAAAAACCUUCGAUUAUCUUCGUCUUGUAGCAAACUCUCCACUUUUUAAUAAUUCAACACCGUUCAAAACUCUCAACCCCGAGGAAAGUCGCUUGGGUUGCGGUGGAAAGAUGAACUACGAUCCGGAGCGAGAGGGUGCAGAUCCAGCUGAAAUUGCCAAAAUGGACAGGAUGAAGGAGGAAGUCAAAGAAGUCCAACACAUCAUGACAAAUAAUGUGGACCGUAUCAUUGCUCGAGCAGAAAGACUGGACGACCUCAUGGACAAGUCAGCGGACCUGGAAGUUGGGGCCCAGACCUUCAAGCAAACGUCCACUAAAGUGGCUCGCUCCUACUGGUGGAAGAACGUCAAGCUGGUGGUGGUCAUCGUGGUCAUCGUGCUGAUCAUCGUCCUCAUCAUCAUCCUGUUGGCCACCGGCGUCAUCCCAGUCAGCGCACCUCUGCCGCCAAUUAUCUCACCCACGCCUGCUGGCCCGUAAACACACACACACACACACACACACACAGUGAUUGUAUAUACAGACUUAAUUUAAUCCUGUAGUUGCACAGUUCCAAAAUAAUAGCACAUAUUUAGCAAACUGCUGCUGCGCCCUUGCUUUUUAGGUCCAGUUGGUGACUUUUAAUUUUAUCAGUUUGGAACUUUGGCAGUUUACCACAAGAAACCCUUUUUUUUUAGUCACUGUCAAAGGACGCUAAAUGAGAAGGUUUAUCGCCUAUUCGUGCCGAAGCUUCCUCCAGCUGCUAUGUGGUUGGGAAAGUCCAAAUGGUGGCCCUCGGUUGUACUGAUGCACUUUUACAAAACGACGUGCUUCGUUUCAAAGAUGGAAAAUGUCUAUUAUACAGUCGAAUAUGUACAAUAUGUUACAACUUGUGCGCUUUUUGUAGUGCAGAAAAGGCAAUAAACUAGGUGUGAAACAUACAUAAAGUUUUAACAGUGUUGAAACUAGCGUCCCCUACAGUGAAGUUAAAGGUUGACAAUGUUUAACAACAAAGAUGUGAUGGAAAAACCACAUCUUUGCCAUCCGAAUAAUGUAUUUUGUUAGCUUGUUUCACUUUAGUGGACACAUAAUCGUAGCUUGAUCAGCUUUUUGUACGUCAUUGUGUGUUUUUUUGUGUUGUGUGGCAAGCCUCUCAUUUCCUGGUUCACCGCUCCUCCCCCUUUGACCCCUAAACCAAAGCAGCAGCGUUCACACAGCGACGGGAACGUUUGCAUUUGGAGGAGCAGGAGCUUCUUAUGGGAUGAUUUGUCGCAUCGGGUCAAUAGGUCGACCAUAUUGUUUGUAUUUAAAGCGCUAUACCUUCGCAAGCCGUAAAAAAAAAAUGUCCAACCAACCCCGAAUCGUACGGAAACCAAAGCAAAUUUUCCCAUGAAAGAAACAAUAACACUGAACAUUUUUUAAUGGACAAUAAUUCUAGUUUGCCUGUACGAUAAGUGAGAAAUAUGAAAAUGAAGGUACCACUCUGCUUAUGUCUUCCUUCUUUGUCUUAGUUAGUGUCCCUAAUUAAAAGGUAUUUAUUCAAUAUUAUAAUUAUGUUGUUUGUGGGCUUUUUGUAAUCACUUCCAACUCAAACUCAAAAACUGUUUGAAGAAAGGAAAUGAUUUUUUUUUUAACUUCAUUUGACAUGAACCUUGUCAUGUGUACAUUUAAUGUCAUCUAGUUGUUUCCAUGGUCACCUGACUCUGAUCACUUACUGUUACUAUUACUCGUAUUCACCUCUUCAGCCUCAUUCAGCUGACCUGUCAGCCAGCUUCUUUGCAUUAUGUGUUAGUUUUAGUCUUCUUACGUGAAAUAAAUGCAUUUAUUCUAUAA